AUGGCGGCCGCCUCCGACGACGACCAGGUAGACGACGACGAGUACUACGAGUACAACCCCCACCCCUACGGCGGCGGCUACGACAUCUCCGCCACCUACGGCUCCCCCAUCCCGCCCUCCCCCUCCACCUGCUACCCCGUCUCCUCCCCCGCCCCCGCCGCCUCCCCACCGCGCUACUCCCCACCGCCUCCCGCGCCCGUUCCCGGUACGCCUCCGCGGGCGCCCGCGAAGCCCUGGCCGGUUUCGCCAGAGCCGGCGACGAAGCCGCCCACGCCCCCAUCGCCGGCGCCCGUCGCGCAGCCCUUCUACUGGCCGAAGCCGCACGACUACGGGGACGGCCCGCACGCGCCGCGGCACCCCACGUACCCCACGCCGGAGGUGUUCCGCGGCUGGCCGUACCUGCCGCCGCCGCCGCACCCGCAUUGCUGCCACACGCACACGCGCGCGCGGUGCCGGUGCGGGCCGCGGGACUACUGGCGGCAGUGCAUGCGCGGGCUGGACUUCCUAUUCGGCCACGCCGACGGCUACGGCGAGCGCCGGAUCGGGGCGGACUGCCACGGCGUCCCCGUCUACGCCAACAGGAAGGGCGGGGUGGAGGACGCCGUGGUCGUCGAGGUGCCCCCGCCGGAGAUUGGUAACGUGCAGUGGCACGAUGCCGGCGAGGACGUGCCUGCGUUCGGGAGGAAUGCGCAGUGGAGUAAUACCAGCGAGGUGCCGGAAAUUGGGAGCGUGCAGUGGAGCUAUGUCAGCGAGGUGCCGGAAAUUGGGACCGUGCAGUGGCACGGCGACGGCGAGCCGACUGAUCAGAGCAAUAUACAGCUGUUAUCUUGGUACGAUACUGCGAAGGAGGAUACGUAUGCAUAUGCCCAUUCAACCUACGGCUCAUAUGACUCUUCCUACCAACAAUCUUACACUCAAUCCUACAGUCUUGAUGUUGCUUCGGAUCAACCUACUUCGUGGUUUCCCAAUCAGAGCUACCAGGACGUUUACAAAGAGGAUGAAUCCCACUAUCAUCAGGAGGUUUCGUCUACUUAUGGUGCAGAAAACAUUUUUUCAUCUCAACCUAUUUAUUGUUACAACCAACACUUCAGCGAGCAGCCACUGCAUGUUCAGGUUGAACCUCCGGAAACAGUUUAUUCUCACAAGGCGGAGUACCACGAGAAUUUCUCAUCAUAUACCAACCAAACCAAUAUUGAUAAUUUGGAGAUGUCAACACAGUCACGUGAGAUACAGCCCUAUGCAUAUGUACCUGACGCUCCACUCGAACCUUACCAACCUUCUUGGUCGAUGAAUUCGGGGUACUAUCACGCCAGCACAGGAGAGGUAGCUCCUGAAUAUAACAAUGAUCAUUUACAAUCUGGUGAAUAUGGAGAUAUGGCAAACUUAUUUUCGUCUUCCUCAUAUCCUCAACACGUAGAAGUUUAUGAGCAGUCUUAUGGUGAUGAGUAUAUCUCCUCGGAGCAAAAUUUUCAGAACAGCUGGAAUGUGUUUUCUGAAGAUAACUCUGAAAUCACCAAAUUGGGUGGGGAUUUCAACCAUCUGAAUGGCUCCUUCUGGCCCUUUGGAGGAUACUGAACAUAUAUACGGAGUACUUUAUAGUCUGCAAGGUUGUAUUUUGACUUCAGGAGCAAAAUAUUGUAUAGUCUAUACUGUUGCAAUUUCACUUUGGGAUCACUUUUUGUCUAAUUUAUCUAGCCGUGCAAGCAGUAAUUGUUAUUGCAAGAUAUUAUGUACCACAUAUGUGUUAGUUAUGGAUCAAUGCAAGGCAAUGACC